AGAGAAGCUCAGGUGAAGUUUCACGUCCUCCUGACAUCCUACGAGCUGGUCACCAUCGACCAGGCCGCCUUGGCCUCCAUCCGGUGGGCCUGCCUCGUGGUGGAUGAAGCUCACCGGCUCAAGAACAACCAGUCCAAGUUCUUCAGGGUGCUCAACGGUUACAAGAUCGACCACAAGCUGCUCCUGACGGGGACGCCUCUGCAGAACAACCUGGAGGAGCUCUUCCACCUGCUGAACUUCCUCACGCCGGAGAGAUUCAACAACCUGGAAGGAUUCCUGGAGGAAUUUGCGGACAUCUCCAAGGAAGAUCAAAUUAAGAAACUCCACGACCUCCUGGGUCCUCACAUGUUACGGCGCCUCAAAGCCGAUGUCUUCAAGAACAUGCCGGCCAAGACGGAGCUGAUCGUCCGGGUGGAGCUCAGCCCCAUGCAGAAGAAAUAUUAUAAAUAUAUCUUGACUCGCAACUUUGAAGCUCUGAACUCCCGCGGGGGCGGGAACCAGGUCUCCUUGCUCAACAUCAUGAUGGACUUGAAGAAAUGCUGCAAUCACCCCUACCUCUUCCCCGUCGCGGCGAUGGCCUUCAGCAGAGCUCAUCGGAUCGGUCAGGCGAACAAGGUGAUGAUCUACCGCUUCGUCACACGGGCCUCCGUGGAGGAACGGAUCACCCAGGUGGCCAAACGCAAGAUGAUGCUGACUCACCUGGUCGUCCGUCCAGGGCUGGGCUCCAAGUCGGGGAGCAUGUCGAAGCAGGAACUGGACGACAUCCUCAAAUUUGGCACAGAGGAACUCUUCAAAGACGAAAAUGAGGGCGAGAACAAGGAGGAAGACAGCAGCGUUAUCCACUAUGAUAAUGAAGCCAUCGCCCGGCUCCUGGACCGUAACCAGGACGCCACCGACGAUGCCGACGUCCAGAACAUGAACGAAUACCUCAGCUCCUUCAAGGUGGCGCAGUACGUGGUUCGGGAAGAGGAUAAGAUUGAAGAGAUUGAACGGGAGAUUAUUAAGCAGGAAGAAAACGUCGACCCCGAUUACUGGGAGAAACUGUUGAGGCAUCAUUACGAGCAGCAGCAGGAGGACCUGGCUCGCAAUCUGGGCAAAGGGAAGCGGGUGCGAAAGCAAGUUAACUACAACGACGCUGCCCAAGAGGACCAAGACAAUCAGUCUGAAUAUUCCGUCGGCUCUGAAGAGGAGGAUGAAGAUUUUGACGAGAGGCCGGAAGGUAAUGAGGGCUGGUUGGGUCUUCGUGCUGAAGGUUCUGGAAAGGCUCUGAGGCCUCCUUUAAGAGUCCAGGCAUCCAAUCUAGAACACUCCCUUCCUUGUACGGCCUUCGGUCUCAACAGAAUGAAAUGUGUGGCCCCUUGCUCAAUAGUAGUAACUAUGACCAAAAUGCUGGACCUGCUUGAGGACUUCCUUGACUACGAGGGCUACAAGUACGAACGGAUAGACGGCGGCAUUACCGGAGCCUUGCGCCAAGAAGCCAUAGAUAGAUUUAACGAAUCCGAAGAUGCCCUGCGCUGUGUUGAGACACCGCUGGUGACCUUGGCAGGGCUGACCUCUCGGCCUGCGUACCGCUGCCUCUUCCUGCAGGUGCUGGGAUUCAACACCCGUCAGCGCAAGGCCUUCCUGAACGCCGUCAUGCGCUGGGGCAUGCCUCCCCAGGACGCCUUCACUUCCCAGUGGCUGGUUCGGGACCUGCGGGGCAAGACGGAGAAGGAAUUCAAGGCUUACGUUUCUCUGUUCAUGAGGCAUCUCUGCGAACCCGGGGCGGACGGUUCGGAGACCUUUGCCGACGGGGUGCCGAGGGAGGGUCUCUCCAGGCAGCAGGUCCUGACACGGAUAGGAGUCAUGUCUCUGGUUAAAAAAAAGGUACAAGAGUUUGAACAUAUUAACGGCCGCUGGAGCAUGCCUGAAUUGAUGCCCGACCCCAGCGCGGACUCCAAAAAGUCUUCCCGGGCCUCGUCCCCCACCAUCAAAACUUCCACCACCACCCCAGAACCCAGCUGCACCAACACGCCCUGCACCUCCAAGCCAGGAGAUGUGAAAUCCGAGCGAGAGACGGCCAAGGAAUCGAAAAUUGGCAGUCUCCGCGACGAGAACCGGAACAACGGGAAGAGGGAAGAGCGGGUGGAGAAACCCCGGUUUAUGUUCAACAUUGCGGACGGGGGCUUCACAGAACUCCACACCCUCUGGCAGAACGAAGAGCGAGCUGCCAUCUCCUCCAGCAAGCUGAACGAAAUUUGGCACCGACGACAUGAUUACUGGCUGCUGGCGGGCAUCGUCCUACACGGGUACGCUCGCUGGCAGGACAUCCAGAACGACAAUCAGUUUGCCAUCAUCAACGAGCCUUUCAAAAGCGAAGCCAACAAGGGGAACUUCUUGGAGAUGAAGAACAAGUUCCUGGCCAGACGGUUCAAGCUCCUGGAACAGGCCUUGGUGAUCGAAGAGCAGCUUCGCCGGGCCGCCUACUUGAACAUGACCCAGGACCCCAGCCACCCGGCCAUGGCCCUCAACACCCGCUUUGCCGAGGUGGAGUGUCUGGCCGAGAGCCACCAGCACUUGUCCAAGGAGUCUCUGGCCGGCAACAAGCCCGCCAACGCCGUCCUGCACAAGGUGCUGAACCAGCUGGAGGAGUUGCUCAGCGACAUGAAAGCCGAC